AUGUCGGGUGUGCAAUCAAAAGCAGCGGCCAGGCUUCAAAAGGAGCACAAGGAAAAGUUAUUAGCAGACGCGGAGAGGGAAAUGGCCUCCUCCGAGGAUUUAAAGUACAACCACGUAUCGGCAGCCAUGAUGAAGAAGUUUAACGCUCUAAUGGAAAUGCAAGACAUGAUGUUCGUAGAGAUGAGAGAAAGCCUUAAAAAUGACCUAAAGGAAAUGCUGGUAAAACAUACGCCACCCGAGGUGAAGAGUUUGGAGCAGCGAGCGCAGCAGGAAGGAAAUGAGUCCGCCCCAGAGUGGCCAAAACCAGGAGAGAAAGUGGAGGAGGGAAGUUCUGGAACAGACGAGGACACCUGUGAAAACCUCACUGUGAAAAGCGAGGGGAAGAGCAAGCUGAGCAGGAAGCAGGACAAAAAACAACCCAGCAGCAGCCGCGAUGUGAAACCAUCUCCGGAGAGGAUGGGAGAAGCCCGGCAUCGUGUAGAUGAGAGGUGUAGAGAGAGCAGGGGCCAUGCAGACCUUCUAGAAAGAGGGGACCUGGAGAAUGGGGAGAAAGAAACAAGCCAUCGGAACAAGGAGAGCCUCCUGAAAGCCUCCGGAGAGGGCGGCGCGCCGGAAGAGGGAGCGGUCCUUAGGCUGGCUGCUGACUUCUCAUCCGCCACGCUGGAUGUUAACAAGCAGUGGGGCCGCAUCUUCCGCCUUCUGAAGGAGACAGAGCUGGAACCCGAGCUGCAGUGCUCAGUUAAGCUAGUGUUUAAAUGCGAUGGCGAAGCAAAGACUUUCUCAGACCUUUCCAGCCUCCGAGAGUUUGCCAACAGAAAGCCUUUUCUGAAAGAACUACUGAAAGAUGUACUCCCACAAAACGAAGCAAGAGGGAGAAGAAAUCAGCUUCAAGAAAGACUGAGGAUAUCUGUCAUAUGCAUGCUGGUGGAGCCACUGCAUGAACGUUCAGGAGAUGCCAUGGGUAAAACUCUAGGAGACACAAAGCGUGAAGCUGGAAGAAUAGCAAGCAAUAGCUUGAGCUUCCUGUUCAUCAACGAGGUAAACAUUGCUAGUCCAAGCGUGAAGACUUCUGAAGAAGAGACGUUGGAACAGAAGGAUAAAGAAACCCUCGAGUUGGAGAGGCAGGAGGUCUCGGGGCUAGAGGAAGGAGAAGUUCCAGAGAUAGAGGGAGAAGAAGAAAGUUCAGAGGGAGAGGCCUCAGAUAUGGGGGAUGAAGAGGGUUCAGAGUUGGGGGAGGAGGAGGAGGAAGAGGACUCAGAGCUGGAAGAAGAAGAGGGCUCAGAGUUGGGGGAGGAAGAACAGACCUCAGGAGAGGAGGAAGAGAGAGAAGAGCACUCAGAGAUAGCGAAGGAGGAAGAGGCCUCUGUGCUCCAUGAAACCCGAGGCUCAACCUUCCAGGGCCUUACUGUGGUAGAAGAGCACGGGGUUGAGAAAAUCACCAGGAGUGGCGAGGAGAUUGGCUUAAUUAGCUUGGUGGUAGAUUCCGAAUCAGAAGAAGAAGGAAAUGUGAAGACGCCUAAGACAAAGGAGACCUUCCAUGGCCUGAGAGAACUUGCCUUUAGCUACUUGGUUUGGGACUCUAAGGAAAAAAAGCUGGUCAAGUGCCAGGAGGGAGGAGCAGCUGCCGUGAUUGGUAAGGGAUUCGGGACACCCUGCCUAACCUUGUACUUGGCUUCUCCAUCAGAAUCCCUAGAGGCAGGCAGUGAUGGCGCUAAAAGCCGCUCGCGUACAAGCCUGAGUGUUCCCUCACAAGUCACUCCACUUUUAAUGAACAUGGAGAAAGGGAGAUACAAGACCCCGCAAAUAGAAGAGCUAACAGCCAAAGAAGCAGACCUGAUCCAUGAAACUGAAGAAAACUUUAGAAGAAGUAUGAUCGGUAUUAUCAGACAGAUGCAAAGGGAGGUUGAAAAUAUUAAAAAACUUUACUUUUUCGAUGUCUUAAAUAUGAAAAGUUCAAUGGAUGAUCUGAAUUCCUUAGCAUGCAUGAUUGAAGCAAGAGUGAACGAACAAGAAGACGCAGUGGAAGGACUGACUAAGGAGACCAUGCAACUGGCCAAGGAGAUCGUGGACAAAGAGAGGCUGAGAGAGAGAGAGGACAGGUUGCGAAGCUCCAACAUCCGAGUGAUAGGAAUCCCAGAAAAAGAAAACCGAGAAAAUGGAGCAGAGGACAUAAUUAAGGAAAUAAUAGAAGAAAACUUUGCCGAGCUAGAAGACCAGAGUCUCGAGAUCAUCUGUGCUCACCGAAUCCCUAAUUCAGUGGAUGAGCACAGACUCACACCUAGACACAUCUUGGUGAAGUUUUGGAGUGCUGGUGACAAGCAGAAGAUCCUAAAAGCUUCUAGAGCAAAAAAAGAAAUAACCUACAGGGGGACAAAAAUCAGACUGACAGCUGACUUAUCACCCGGCACCAUCGAUGCCAGAAGCCAGUGGUCGGGGAUCAUAAAAGUUCUGCAGGAAGAAGGCUUUCAACCGAGAAUCCUCUAUCCGGCCAAGCUGGCAUUUGAUUUUAAGGGUAAAACCAAGGUCUUUUUUGAUAUUGAAGAAUUUAAGAAGUUUAUUUCUGAUAUACCCUUUUUGAAAGAACUGUUGAACAAUAUAAUUUAA